GGGCGGGGGCUCUAUUGAUUUAAAUCUGUUGUGCCGGUGCGCGUGUCAGUAAUAAAGGUGGUUGCGUUUAUUAGAGAAGACGACACGAAACGACACGAAGCAACCCGAAGUUGUUUGUGAAGUAUAUCGUGAAGCGAAGCAGUAUCUUUUUUCGUCUCGUGUUUUCUUUCGUCACAUCCUGAGACGUUCAUUGAACAUGUCGAACAAAAUAAAUACAAUUAUUUCGACGAAGAUAUCAGAAAAUAAAUCGGAAUCUACCGUUCCAAGGAACAGGCAAGAUGUUUUGAAAUGGAAUGGUUGGGGUUACAGAGAUUCACAAUUUCGCCUUAAUGACAACAAUAUUAUUGAAUUCAGCGGUGGCAGAUAUCCCAUUGGUAAUCACAAGCUACCAUAUUUCACUCACUGGGUUAAAGAUGUGUUCGAUAUAGACUUCAAUUCGAAAAUUACAUCACAAGAUAUACCAACAAAUUUCCCAGAAUCAAUUAUUUCAACAGAAUUAUUGGAUUCUAUUAAUAGGCUCAAUAUCGAUCAUUCAUUGAAAGGAAUAGAUAGAUUGGUCAGAGCACAUGGUCAUACUUUAAGAGAAAUCUUCAUCCUUAGACAUGGAAUGUUUAAAAGAAUACCAGAUAUCAUUCUUUGGCCAAAAUGUCACGAGGAUGUUGUCAAGAUUGUGAAAAUUUGUGCGGAAUAUCAAGCUGUUUGCAUUCCUUUUGGUGGUGGAACUAGCGUUAGCGGUGCUGCUUGGUGUCCAAUGAAAGAACGUCGGACAAUAAUUUCAUUAGAUACCACACAAAUGAAUCAAAUAUUAUGGAUUGACAAAGAAAAUUUAAUAGCUUGUGCACAAGCUGGUAUUAUCGGGCAAGAUUUAGAACGGAUAUUACGUCAACAUGGUUUAACUUCGGGCCACGAACCGGAUUCUUACGAAUUUUCUAGUUUAGGCGGAUGGGUAGCAACUAGAGCCAGUGGUAUGAAAAAAAAUACUUAUGGAAAUAUUGAAGAUCUAAUCCUACGUGUUCGAAUGGUUACUGGCCGAACCGAAGAUGUUGAAAUAACUUUAGAACGAGGAUCGUUAGUACCUCGUUCAUCUUGCGGACCAAACUUCGAUCAUAUAAUACUUGGUAGCGAAGGUACUUUGGGCUGUAUUACCGAAGUUAUUUUUAAAGUCCGACCUUUACCAAGGAUGACCAAAUAUGGAAGUAUUGUUUUCCCUGACUUUCAAAGUGGACUCUUGGCAAUGAGAAUGAUAGCUAAAGAACGUUGUCAACCAUCGAGCAUACGAUUGAUGGACAACAAUCAAUUUCAACUUGGUCAAAUGUUACGUCCGGAAUCAAGUUGGAGUAGUUCGAUAUUGGAGAGUCUGAAACAUACUUAUAUCACAAGGAUAAAAUGUUUUAAGUGGGAUAGAAUUUGCGUAGCUACACUUCUUUUUGAAGGGAACACUUCAGAGGAGGUUACGGCUCAAGAAAAAAAGAUAUAUAAUAUUGCUAAAUCAUAUAAUGGUAUACCUGCUGGAGAAACGAACGGCGAACGUGGCUACACUUUGACUUUCGUUAUUGCAUACAUACGUGAUCUUGGCUUGGAGUAUGGUGUUGUGUCAGAAUCCUUUGAGACGUCGGUUGCUUGGAAUCGUACUUAUUCCUUAUGUUGUAAUGUCAAAUCUCGAGUAGCCAAAGAAUGUCAUGCUCGACAUAUAAAAUACUUUAUGAUAUCUUCUCGCAUAACUCAAACGUAUGAUGCGGGCUGUUGUGUCUAUUUUUAUAUGGCAUUAAAUUAUAUCGGUCUGGAAAAUCCCGUAGGAGUUUACGAAGAAAUCGAGGAAGCAGCUAGAGAAGAAAUAUUAGCUAAUGGAGGCUCUUUAUCUCAUCAUCACGGCGUUGGUAAAUUAAGAGCUUCAUUUUAUCCAGAAGCUGUUGGAGAAGCAGGUGUUUCUCUAUACCGUGCAGCCAAAGCUCAUCUAGAUCCGCAUGAUAUAUUUGCCUCGAGAAAUCUAGAUCCGGAUUAUAAAAGUAAACUAUAAGGUUGAUACACGAUUUCAGUCAAAUAAUCGUAUGGAAUUUAAGAGAAUUGUCGUAAGCACACGAAAAAUAUCGAUCAUGACAAUGCCCAUCAUUUACCAGGACAUAUUUCGUAAUAUAAUAAAAAUAUAAGACGCCCGUGAUGUGACAGAGAGAAAAAAACAAAGCAAAUAAUUGAAGAUAGAGAAUUGUAGGCGUUGUUUCUCUCUAACGAUAGAAAGUAAUAAGGUUGUAUAAAGAAUUAGCAAUCAUAAUUGUUGUAUAAUUGUACGGACUUAGUGUACAAUAUAUAAAUAAUAAUAAUUACGAUACGCCUACUGGUGUUACAUGGUAGUACAAAUACGAAAUUAUAUAUAUAUAUAUAUAUAUAUAUAUAUAUAUAUAUAUAUAUAUAUGUAUAUGUAUAUAAUUGUAUUGAGAUUUUUAUAAAUUAAUAUAAAUAAACUAAAAAUUCACUUA